AUGACCACCGAUACUGGUACGCAACUCCCCACCACCCUCCGGGUGCGCGCCCUCCCCUCGCCCCUCGACCUGUCCAAGCUUGCCGCCAUGCCACCACCUUCGACCAAGACCAUCACGGCCGACGAGGAAAACGCCUUCCCCUGCCGCCGCUGCCUCAAGGACGCCGCCAUCGGGGACCAGAUGCUCCUCACGCCGUACGACCCCUUCCUCGGCGACAGUCCGUACCGCCAGCCCGGUCCCAUCUUUGUGCACCUCGACCCGGCGGCGUGCAAGGUCUACGAGCCGGACGACGCGAACGGGAACAGGCUCCCGGAGCAGCUGCGCAAAAGGCUCCUCUCGGUGCGUGCCUUUGGCGCGGACCACUGCUUGGUGGAUGCGGACGUGGUGCCGGGGGAGCAGCUGGCUGGCGUGGCGGAGAGGAUGAUGGGGGAUGGGGCGGUGGAGUACAUUCAUGUUCAUAACGCGAGGCCGGGGUGCUUUGCGGCUCGGAUAGAGCGGGUAGAGGCGUAG